CAUACGGUGCUCCUGUUCUCUUCGUCCGGAAGAAGAACAAGGACCUGCGGUUGUGCAUCGAUUAUCGCAAGCUCAGCGCGCAGACGAUCAGGAACACCGGCCCUCUCCCACGCAUCGAUGACCUUCUCGAGCGAUUGGGCGGCGCCCAGUUCUUCUCUAAGUUGGAUCUCAAGUCAGGGUACCACCAACUCGAGAUUCGCAAGGAGGAUCGCUACAAGACCGCGUUCAAGACUCGGUAUGGGCAUUUCGAAUGGCUGGUCAUGCCAUUUGGCCUUACGAAUGCCCCAACCACUUUCCAAGCGGCUAUGACGUCGGAGUUCCGCCACAUGCUGGAUCGUUUCGUACUUAUAUACCUCGACGACAUUCUGGUUUACAGUCGGAGUCUGGACGAGCAUGUGGAACACCUGCGCACCGUUUUGGAGCGGCUACGACAGGCCAAGUACAAAGCAAACCGCGACAAGUGCGAGUUCGCACAGCAGGAGCUGGAGUACUUGGGACACUAUGUGACGCCGCAAGGCAUCCGUCCGCUUGCGGACAAGAUCGAGGCCAUCCGCGUAUGGCCCGAGCCCACCAACACCACGGACGUUAGUUCAUUCAUGGGGUUGGCAGGCUAUUAUCAGCGUUUCAUCACCGGAUACUCAAGGAUUGUCGCACCUCUGACGAGACUACAAUCGCCAAAGGUGCCAUUCGUAUUCAAUGACGAUGCGCGCCAGGCUUUCCAAGCACUCAAGACGGCCAUGCUCAUGGCACCCGUCCUUAGCAUCUACGACCCCACUGCCUACGAGAGUGACGACUGACGCUUCUGGUUACGGCAUUGGGGCAGUCUUGGAGCAGCACGACGGCGAGGAUUGGCACCCUGUGGAGUAUUUCAGCCACAAAG